AUGGUUUUAGAAGUAAGCUGUGUUCCACAUGGAUCUCUGUUAGGCCCUGUCCUGUUCGCAAUAUUCGCAAUUGAUCUUGAGCGAUUCGCCGAUGAUUCACAUUUCCCCCAUAGUGAUUCUGUAGACAACCUAGAUGGGUUUCUAAAAAGACAAUGGCUCAAGGAAAAGGAUAUUUUGGCAUUAGUGGUUCCAGAGAAAUUACUGUUUGCUCUUCCGUUAUUGUCCCGUCGUCGACGCGAGCGGCCCAGCUGUGCGCGUCCCGGCCUUCUCCUGCUGCCGCAUUCCGGACCCAAACAAACAGACGACGGCGACGGGAGGAUCAGCCUGCGAAUCGUGCCCGCCUUCCUGCUCACCUCCGCCCUGGUCCUUGCAGCAGAGAUGGAGGACGACCUCGAGUACUACAUUACCUUCCCGACGCCGACGCCCAGGGAGACUCACAGGCGGGACGAGGGGGAUGAAGAAGAGGACUUUGUAUUUGUUGAUGGAGCUAAUGGUGAGAAGGAGCCAGUUGUGUUUCUCCUUGGCUGGCUUGGAGCAGAAGAUCGACAUUUGGCCAAGUAUUGCAGUAUCUACAACCAAAGAGGGUGUAUAACCAUCCGCUAUACGUCCCCCACAUCUUACUUGUUUGUAAGACCCAAAGUGAAACUGAUGCCAAUUGCUCGUAAACUACUUGCAUUACUGAAGGACAUGAGCCUUGAUGACCAUCCUGUUUUUUUCCAUAUGUUCAGUAACAAUGGGUCUGUGUUAUAUUACUACAUAACUCAGGCAAUGGAAGAAGAUGAGGCUCCAAAUUUGAUGGUUAAAGGAUGCAUUUUUGACAGUACCCCAUCACCGAGGAGACUUUACUCAGGUGUGAGAGCGAUAUAUGAGGUAACACCAGGGUCAGUGUGGAUGAAGCUCUGUGCAUCAGUAGGCAUGAUGCUGUUCUUGAUGGGAUGGAGGGUCCUUUCUGUGUUGUGGACUAUUAUCUCUGGGAAGCUUCCUAAUACUCCACCUUGGGCUCUUGUGGAGGACAAAGCUCGAUGCCCACAACUCUUUCUGUAUUCACGUGCUGACAAACUUAUUAAUUACAAUGAUGUUGAAUAUUUUGUUGCUGAACGUCAGAAGCUUGGAGUUCCUGUAGUUACAAAAUGCUGGGAUGAUUCUGCUCAUGUUCAGCAUUACAGGGUACACCCAGAUGCCUACAGUUCCUCAGUUUAUUCAUUCAUCAACAUGUGCCUCUCGCCAGAUUUCAUAAGUAGUAAGAUCACUGCUGAUGCAUCAGAGGAUGCUGAUAAACAGAAGAGCGAUUAGAGAGUAGUCAUUACAAGGGUUUUACAGGUCCAGAACAGACACAUUACUUAACCCAUUGCUGUUAGGGAUACCAUGAUCACUUGAUUGUCUUUAUACAUAGAUAGCUCCACAAGUAAUUACUAAUAAUUAGUAAGACCUAUCUCACCUCUUUAUCCUUUUCCUGGAUUUUUGGAGAUAAUUUCUUUUAUCUUGUAUUGCUGUUUGUAAUGUUAAUAACAUUAUAAUGAUUAUAAUGUCUAUAAUAAUAAUGACAGCAUCAAUAUUAAUAGCUUUAAUAAAAAAUACAUUUUACCACAAACUCUGGGAAAAGUAAAAUCAAGUGAGGUCAUGAGAUUGACUAAUUGACUACUUGGUGGCCAAGCACUUGUGGAGCUAUCAAUGUGUAGAUACAUUUCACAAAACAAUACUACAAUAAACAUACCUUUUCCUUGCAGCACUGGAUAAAUGUGUUAUACAUAAUGGCUUUGUGAAGAAGAUUAAACUAUUGUGUUGAACUAUGGGUCACAGUGCUUAUGUAAAAUAUAUGAUGAUACAAAGGUGUUUUAUCAGCAAAGCUUUGACCAUCUGCUCACUAAAUUGCAUUUUUAACAUGUUCAGGUAGGUUCAGAUAGAGGUAAAUCUUAAAUUGCAAAUAUAUUAGGACAAGGUAGGAUAUACCAAUAGUUCUAAAAUUAGUUACUGUGGGCAUGGUCCAAAGUAAAAUCAAAUUUAUAGAUGCAGUAAUUUAUUGUCUCUCUUCUGAUGGGCAAGUAACAUUUGGGAUUGAAACUUGUUUAUUUUGUUUCUAUCAACAGUUAUUUGUGGGGCAGAAGAAAAUACACUACUGUACCUGUAAACUUAUUUAGGAUGGAGUGAUAGGGUAAUGAAAAGGGUUCUGUAGGAAGGAUUCUGUAAGUUUAAGGGCCACUGAAAAAAGUUUGAGAACCUACCUUCUACAUAUAUUUUUAAGAGUCAUCUAGUGAGAAUAUUUUUAAUUUUUUGAUAGAAUCUGAUAAAAAAAUGUGUAAUAAUCUAUGAUAUCAUGAAAUACUUACUGAAUACUAGGGUGACCUUGAACAAUUUUAAAAGUCUGUUAAAGUAGAUAGCUCUAAGAACCAUCUUGUUCCUUGCUGCUUGAAAAUCCUGAUGUUUUGGGUUUUGCUAAAGCACAUUUUGGCAUUUCAAAUGCUUGCUUUUAUGCACUAGAAAAUAAAUAUUUCUUUAUCAUAUAUCAGAUACAUAGAGCACAAAGUUGCAAAAGUUAUCAUAUUUACCUCUUGCUUGUGAAAAUGAGAAUUAUCAUAAAUAUGUAAAUAUAACACAUAUAAAGCAAUAGAAACAUAUUUGUAUAAUAUGAAACUAUAGAAAAUGUAUUUAGAUGUAUUGGUAUGUAUUUGUAUGUAUAGAUAAUAAAAAAAAUAAAUAUAUAUCAAGAGGUAACUGUGAUACCUAACCAGUUGGAUCUGAGUGGGUUGUGGCUCGUGCAUGGAUUGAAAUCAGGGCAUUUGGCUUACUUAAGUGGCCACUCUCCUGGGUGCAUGGCCUAUAGGCCCGGCUCACAUGAAUACUCAUAUGUGGGAACAAGACUCCUUGGAUUCUUUUUGUAGAGCUAAUCCCUCUUUCUGCAGAUGUGUGUUUGCUAUCUUGCCAUUUGCCAUUUGCCAUUUGUUAUGCUAUAUCAAGAUGGUUUUCAAUGAGCAGUCUCCAUACUUUUCCAGGUACAUGUAUCUUUGUUCUUUGUUUUGAUGAAAAAGAAAAAGAAAGAUUAUUUAUACAAUAUCAAAACAGCAAUAGACUGUUUUUGUUGAUCAUACUUCAUAGUAUCUGUUUGUGCAAUACAAAUAACAUCUUGCUGUAGAAGCAUAAACAAGGGCCUGGCUGACAGAAAUGUGCUGUUACAAAAAAAUUAGCUGAAGGCGGCGAUAACGAGAAUGACUAAGCAGGAGUGCACAGAACUCCUGGGCAUUUAGGAAGGGGCUCUUGCAUUACUGAAUGAUUUGCAUGAAUGUAUCAUCCAUAAGCCAUGACUGUAAGAGUGCUGGCUACAGGGAGGAUACUAUUUCGAUGAUCAGGAUCCUAUUCCUGCUUGCAUUGACUAAUGGUAUAAGGUGAGUUACAGAAAAUUGAAUAAUAUGAAGAUAUUAAAAAUGACAAAAAGAUAUUUAAAAAAAAAAUUAUGGCACAGAGUUGUAGAAUACCUAGAAAGAGGAUAUGGAGUCUGUGCAAGGAGAACAGUCUCUUACCAUCUUGAUUCAGCAUAUUGAUUUACAAAUAUAGACCCUGGAAAUGGUAAUAAGCAUAAAAGAGAUAAUGAUAUUGCAAAGGGAGGCUGGGAGCUGUGACACUGCAGUUUAGUGGUUGUGCAGUUGGAGGUCUCUCCAGUCAAGUAAGUGAAAUGCCUGGAUUUUUAACCAUGCAUGUGCAGUGAGCCACCUAGAUCUGACGGGUCAAUGAAAUACCAGAAUGUCCUACUUGUUGACAUAGGUAAUGAGAUUUGCCAUCCACAGCAUGCACAAAAAAUUCAGUUGUUCAUUUAGGGAGCAGUAAAACAGUAACUGUUCUCUGAUGCCACCCUUAAAUCAAAGAAUACCGGAUUAGGUUUAGGUGGGCAGGAAUGAAAUAAAAUAAAGAUAACAUUAAGGUUGAUAUGACAGCACAGAUUAUCAAUUUUAUUUUCUUGAGGGAAGAACUGUCUCAUUGAACCAAUCAAACCUGAAGUUAAAGAUAUCUUGAUACUAUUCAUAACUUGCUGCGUAUAUUUGAAUCCUCUCCUGAAAAUUGUGGUUACACUAGUUUUGUCCGAGGAUCCCUUUACAGAGCAAGAUAUAUCCCUGGCUGUGAGGGGGAACUAAGAUGUGUAUUCUCCCCUCGUGCAGCACUGAGUGGGAACUGUUGUGUUGGUCUUUCACCCUGGCUACAGAACAAAAACUGUAAUUACUAGGAAGCUUAUUACUUGACUGUCUAAAUGGUGAUAUUAUAUUAUGUUAGCUAUAAUUAUAUUGUAAAAAUGAAAAAUAUAUGUUGCAACUAACAAUGGUACCUCACUAAAAUUUUAAAGAUUAUCCCGACAAACAUUAAUUUGGUCAAUGAAUGCAAACACCCACCCACUCCAACACUGAAGACAUGGAGCUCAUUUUGGAAAUUAUACCCUCCUGGGCAAAGUGAGAGCCAGAGAACAAUUAUGGAAUACCAGCCACAAAUAUUAUGAUAGCAGAAAGUUAGAAAUAACAAUAAUGGAUGAAAUUGAUGGGAAACUUUGCUUUGCACAGGUUAUAACAGUAUGGCUGGCAAAUUGGUGUUAUGAUAGACAAUUAAUAAUACUUUACUCAGUUUUAAUUAUAGUAUUGAUUUCCUCAUAACUUUGGUAUUAAUCAGUCCAUUAUUGUUUCUCAUAUAUUACUGAUUACGCUAAUAGUGGUAGUUGGGACAGAUAGUCUUCUUUUUUUAAACCUUUCAGUCAAUAUGUGAGGAUAUUCAUAGAAUCCACAACAAUCUUUAAUGCAUAGAUUAUUGUAGACACUGUGGUCUUUUCUGGGAUGAUGUUUCUCUACAGGGGACACUGUUUAUAGUGUGACCGUCCUGCCCUGUACCUGACAGACAUUGAGGAUCCCCGGCCAUAUACGACUAGUGUGACUGUUUCUUUACCAGGGUUAUUAAUUUAAAUAGUUUUGUGAAUGUUCACAACAUUUUCAAGUGCAGAUUUUUGAGACACUCUUUUAAGACUUAAUAUUAGUAAAUGAGGAUAUUUGUGGAAUAAAGUGCAAGAUCACCUAGAUGACUAUUGGAUAUUUUCAUUUAAUUAAUGCUUAAUCAAUUAUGAUCAUGUGAAUACAUGAAGGCAAUCCACGUACUGUCUAAAGUCAACCCCUGAAAAAAAUGGUGUACUACAGUUGCUAGUAAUGUAAGAUGAUUUCAUGCUUGAUUACUUUUGUUUCUUUAAUAUGUCAAACAUUUUUUCAAGAGCCCUUACAAAACCUCCAGAAGUUUUGGAGGGUUAUUAAAACUUUUUUUUACAUACAACAUUUUUUGCUAGCACUGCGAGUAUCAGAGGUUGUACAGGCUUACACAAAAACCCUAUUCUUCAUUAUGUUCUCACUUUUUUCAUUGCGCAUACAAUGUUCUGAGAUUUCACAUAUUUACAGUGUGUGAUGGAAGUUGCCCCAGUUUAUGGUAAUACUUUUUAUUGACCUUUGAAUGUAAUUUUUUUUUGCUGGACAUCCUAAAAUAAUAGAGAAAGCAAUUUAGGUUUUAAAUGAAGUAAUGGAAUUGCAGAGAUUGUCACAUAAACUUAGUCACUAUAUGCAACAUUGGCAGAGAAGCUACAUUAAGGAGCUGAUUAGUUCAUAUACAAUGUUCUUAUUGCUAUCUAUUUGUUCACACUGGUUAUAUUCACUUUUGGUAUCAUUUGUGUCUGUCUUUCUGAGUAUAUGAAAGGCUGGAUUUCCUUUUUUUCUGUAGCAUUUAUUUAAAUAAAUGUGCUAUAGUUUGCUCCAGAAAGCCUGGAAAAUGCUUAAUAAAUACAGAAAAUUCUUACUGGGGUAAGCUACCCUACUCCUCCCACCACACCCUCUGAUUUCAGUGUUUGGAACCCCCUGCUCCUCCCCCACCCAUUUGAAGCAUCCUGAUUCUGGCAGUUAAUAAGCUUCAUUCAGAAAUGACUUUGAUAAACAUUUUGAAUUUCCUUUUUAAUCCAAUAAUGAUGGGCAAAAUUCUCAAUAAAGCUGGGGAGAACAUGCCCAUGUCAGUGUGCUCUGCUCUGUGCCUAGGUGAUUGUCUGGUUUGUGGCCAGGUGUCCAAAACCUCAUUCGGAUGGUCAGGGCAUGGACUUGAUGAGGUAGGAUGGGGAGUGACCUACUAAUACCUAAUAAUGAUUAAAUUUCUAAUGUUUGUGUUUUGUAACUUGGUUGCAUGAAGAGCUACUCUGAUUAAAACUGGAAAUACUCUCAGAGUACAUAAAUGGAAAGUGACUCAAAACUUGUACACCUUAAUCAUGCUUUUAACUGAACUGUUUCAGUUUCAUCUUCAGCACUGUAGAGUUAUUGAUUGUAUUUGUACUCUUUUCUACAUGUCUCACAGUGAACUCUAUCUACCAACUAAACAUAUGGUGACUAACUACAGAUAUUAUUUUGAUGUUGAACAUACAUAUUUUUCUUCUUUUUACAAUUUUCUUUAUUGUAAUACAAAGAUAACAGAAGAGUAAAUGAGUUUUUAUUUAUUUAUUUAUUUAUAUAUUUAUUUUUUUAUUUAUAUACCUUGGUUGCAUAUCAAAGAUUUGUUUGCUUUCCAGGGAAUGCUUAUAAAAAUUAAUCCUGUCCUACUUUUGUACUUAUAAAGCAUUUAAUAAUAUUUAAAUACUGGGAAAUUAGAUAUACAUAAAAAAUUGUGAGGUGAAAUAUGAUAACAUGUACAAUACAUGCUGUAGAAUAGUAAUAUGGUGAAGGAUAGUUCAUUGUACAAUACAUUGCUUUUAAAUGUAAUUUAUUUUUAUGACUAACUUGUUGAAAAUUGUUUCCAGAUUUGCCGUACAGGCUUUGUCAUAUGCUUAUUUCACUAAUUCACUCAUUCCACUCAAACUUGGCAGAGAAGCUCCUCCCUGAAACAACCAAAUGGAAGUCAACAAUAUUCGCAUUCAUACUUUGUGUAUAUUAAUGCAAUGUUUUUCUGUCAAAUUUAAAUAAUGUAUUCAUCUAGGAGACAUCCUGUAUGGCAGUUCUGUAUAGGUUUAUACUAACUGUGAAAAAUGAUAAGACCAUUAGUUUUCAUGCUUGUAAGAGGAAGAGUUUGUCUACCAAGUAUGACCAGGUAGACUUUAGGUUUUCCUUGUAUAUGGUUCACUGAAUAGUCAUUGGUCCAGAGAACAGGCACUGUGCACUAAGAUGUUUUUGUUUUGUUUCGUACAUAUGGAUAGCUCCAUGAGUCCUUUGUGAACAAGGAGUCAAUUGCUUAGGCAUAUGUCAUGUUGAAUUUAGAGUUCUUAAUCAUAAUUAUUAUCUUAGGUAUU